UAACAAAUCGCAACAUUAUAAAUAAUCUAUACUUAAACAAAACAAGCAUUGUUUUCAAACAAAUCCUGUUUUGCGCAAUAUUUUUAAACAGCUGUUUAUGACGUUGUAAUAACAAAACAGAGGCCAUGCGCGCCGCUCUCUCGCUCUAAAUAGUUCCUCUCGCUUGCGCGCAAGCUGUUCGUGCUUUGCUCCAGCCAUUAGCCAAACUAUAGCCACAGCACUUCGCAAACCAAACGAAACGAGGUUGUCAAAUCGCGUCUCGCGCAGUAGACGUUUGCUUGUGCGGCGGCGUUCCGCUCGCGCUUCGGACUUGUGUUUGUGUCGAAAAUAUGCCUUUUAUUUCUAAAGACUGGCGUUCACCUGGCGAGGAAUGGGUCAAAACACAGGAAGGAUGGGAAAAGAAGAAAGUACUUGAGUGCACAGCGCAGAGAUAUCCCGCUAUUGCUAACUAUAAUAACACAGCUGACCAACCAAAGUCAUGGAGCCAGGAAGGUGACGAAGGCGAAAAAGGUGAUUCCGUGGCCAGAGUACCCCCGCACUGUCAUAUCACUAUCAAAUGUACUAGAGAGAUCGCAGGUUUCAACGGCCUUUCCGAAGCCGUUCGCCGCCUAGACUUCUCUUCAGCUGUCCGCGACGUCCGCCGAUUCAAUUAUAUUUGCGCGCUACUAGAACUGUUGCUUGGCGGUCAAAGACUGACGCACUUACCUGGCGCGGCGCAGAAGUUACUACUUUCCAUGCUUGAGCAGCUUGCAGACCAAGUUGCCACAUCGAAGCAGAACCUCAACUCUCUCCGAGCCCUUCUGGUCGCUCUGGGAGCCCUUCGUGAGGCUGAACGCGGGGCGUGCUGGGGGCGCCCGCUCGGCUCUCGCGCGCUGUGGGGACACCACGAUCAUGCUAUUGCCAGGAUACACCACAUCGCUGACAGCAUCCGGAUACAGGAGCCGGGACCAGAGGUAGUGCCUAAGCUUCACGACUUGCCUGAGGAGUGCAUCAGGGAAAUAUUACUGAGGAUAGCGGACCACAGGGAUUUAGAUGCAGCGUCAUCAGCGUGGAACGUGAUGGCGUCAGUUUGCUCAGAGCAGCGCACGUGGCGAGAGCUGGUCGCGUUCCACUUCACGAGGCCGCAGAUCGAGACCGUCGCCAAGGAUAAGGAGGAUGUGGACUGGAGGUCCGUGUUCCAUCAGCUUAGGAAGUUGUAUGGACUAAGAGAAGACGUGCAGUACGCAGAGACACUGUCGCUGUGUCGCCACUGCAAGUGUCUGUUCUGGCGCUCGCUCGGACACCCCUGCAUCGCUGAUCAGUGCCCCGAGUACCGCGAGCGCCUGCGCUCGGCCGGCGGCCCGCUGCCCCCGCACCCCGUGCCGCCCGCCGCCUUCCUCAAGUUCUUCUCGCUCUAGGCGGGCGCUCUCUCUCACGAGAGCACACACACUGCUGCUAGUACUGUAUCCUGUGCCACUGAGCGUCGGACUUGUAAGUUUACAUCUCAUACUUUACUUGGGCCAUUUUUUUCAAAGUUGUCCACCACACUUUUUUUUUUAAUUUGGAAAUUUUUAUGUGGUUUCCACUCAGAAUCGCGAGCUCUUUCAAUCCUAAUAAGAGAAAAAAAGUGUU